AUGGCUUUUGAACAAAAAUUCCGCACGGCUCCAUAUCGCCAGCUUUUGAGAAGCAUUACGUUGAAGUCAGGGGAACAGCUUACACUAGCCUACCUUGACAGCGGAAGCCCAGAUUCUGGGAACAUCAAAGGAACGAUUUUGUUGAUACAUGGUUUCCCCGAGACUUCGUAUCGAUUUCGAAAAGUCAUCUCGCCUCUUCACGAAGCCGGAUACCGAGUCAUUGCGCCGGACUACCGCGGUGCAGGAUCCUCAUCGAGACCUCUGACGGGAUACACCAAAUAUCAAAUGGCCGAAGACCUUCACACUCUUCUCCAGGACAUCGGCAUCCAGGACAAAGUCAACGUUGUCGGCCACGAUAUUGGGGGUAUGAUUGCUUACGCCUAUGCUUCACGAUACGGCGAUGAUGUAUCAGCUGUCAUCUGGGGUGAAUGCCCGCUCCCAGGUACUUCAAGCUAUGAGGAGGUCAAAGGGAAGCCAUUCAUGUUCCACUUGUUGUUCCACCAGAUCCGGGAUUUACCUGAAGCGCUCAUCGCAGGCAAAGAGCGGGAAUACAUCACCUUUUUCUACAACAUGGAGAUUUACAACACUGCUGGUAUCACAAAGGAAGACGUCGACUUCUACACUCUUGCAUUUCGACAGCCCGGAGCGAUAAGAGCGGGAAUCGAAGUCUAUCGUUGCUUUGAGGCCGAUGCUAAGGACAACAGAGGACAGCUGGCGAGUGAGAAGAUUAAAGUACCAUCGAUGGUGAUGAUGGGUGCACAGAGUGAAAUGGUACACCUAGCCGACCCUAGGGCAGCCGAGACGUGCGAAAGCCCCACGGUAUCAUUGGUGAGGGAGAGUGGGCAUUGGAUUGCUGAAGAAAAUCCCGACGGAUUUGUGGAGAGCGUCAUUCGGUUCCUUGAGAGAUCUUAG